GACCCUGGCGCGGUUGAGAGGUUGACGGAGCCGCGGCCCGGCGUCUGAGGCGAGCGCGGCCACACACAGUGCUGCUGGGGGACACGCAGGCUGCUGCCGCCGCCGCCAUGUCGGUGCUGGGCGAGUACGAGCGACACUGCGACUCCCUCAACUCGGACUUCGGGAGCGAGUCCGGGGGUGGCGGGGACUCGAGCGCGGGGCCCAGCGCCAGCGCGGGACCGCGGGGCGGCGGCGGCCCGGCCGAGCAGGAGGAGCUGCACUACAUCCCCAUCCGCGUCCUGGGCCGCGGCGCCUUCGGCGAGGCCACGCUGUACCGCCGCACCGAGGAUGACUCACUGGUUGUGUGGAAGGAAGUCGAUUUGACACGACUGUCUGAAAAGGAGCGUCGUGACGCCCUGAAUGAGAUUGUCAUCCUGGCCCUGCUGCAGCACGACAACAUCAUUGCCUACUACAAUCACUUCAUGGACAAUACCACCCUGCUGAUCGAGCUGGAGUACUGCAACGGAGGGAACCUAUAUGACAAAAUCCUGCGUCAGAAGGACAAGCUCUUUGAGGAAGAGAUGGUAGUAUGGUACCUCUUCCAGAUUGUUUCAGCAGUGAGCUGUAUCCAUAAAGCUGGAAUCCUUCAUAGAGAUAUAAAGACGUUAAAUAUUUUUCUGACCAAGGCAAACCUGAUCAAACUUGGAGACUAUGGCCUAGCAAAGAAACUCAAUUCUGAGUAUUCCAUGGCUGAGACGCUUGUGGGAACCCCGUAUUACAUGUCUCCCGAGCUCUGCCAAGGAGUCAAAUACAAUUUCAAGUCUGAUAUCUGGGCAGUAGGCUGUGUCAUUUUUGAACUGCUCACACUGAAGAGAACAUUUGAUGCUACAAAUCCACUCAACUUAUGUGUGAAGAUUGUACAAGGAAUCCGAGCAAUGGAAGUUGAUUCUAGCCAGUACUCCUUGGAAUUGAUCCAGAUGGUUCAUGCAUGCCUUGACCAGGAUCCCGAGCAGAGACCCACUGCAGAUGAGUUGCUCGACCACCCCCUCCUCAGGAAACGCCGGAGAGAGAUGGAGGAGAAAGUUACUCUGCUGAAUGCGCCUACAAAGAGACCAAGGUCAAGCACUGUGACUGAAGCACCCAUCGCGGUGGUAACAUCUCGAACCAGUGAAGUCUACGUCUGGGGGGGUGGGAAAUCCACCCCCCAGAAGCUGGAUGUCAUCAAGAGUGGCUGUAGUGCUCGACAGGUGUGCGCAGGGAAUACUCACUUCGCUGUGGUCACAGUGGAGAAAGAACUGUACACCUGGGUGAACAUGCAGGGGGGUACUAAGCUCCAUGGUCAGCUGGGCCAUGGAGACAAAGCAUCGUACCGACAGCCGAAGCGCGUGGAGAAGCUGCAAGGCAGGGCUAUCCGUCAGGUGUCGUGUGGCGAUGAUUUCACCGUCUGCGUGACAGAUGAAGGUCAGCUGUAUGCCUUCGGCUCAGACUAUUACGGCUGCAUGGGAGUGGACAAGGUUGCUGGCCCCGAAGUACUAGAACCCAUGCAGCUGAACUUCUUCCUCAGCAAUCCAGUGGAGCAGGUCUCCUGUGGAGAUAAUCAUGUGGUGGUUCUGACUCGAAAUAAGGAAGUCUAUUCUUGGGGCUGUGGCGAGUAUGGACGACUUGGACUAGAUUCCGAAGAGGAUUUUUAUACACCUCAGAAGGUGGAUGUUCCCAAGGCUUUGAUCAUCGUCGCAGUUCAAUGUGGUUGCGAUGGAACAUUUCUGCUGACCCAGUCAGGCAAAGUGCUAGCCUGUGGGCUUAAUGAGUUCAACAAGCUGGGUCUGAAUCAGUGCAUGUCUGGCAUCAUCAACCAUGAAGCAUACCAUGAAGUUCCCUACGCAACCUCUUUUACCUUGGCCAAACAGUUGUCCUUUUAUAAAAUCCGCACCAUUGCCCCAGGCAAGACGCACACAGCUGCUAUUGACGAACGAGGCCGGUUGCUGACCUUCGGCUGCAACAAGUGUGGUCAGCUGGGCGUUGGGAAUUAUAAGAAGCGUCUGGGAAUCAACUUGCUUGGGGGACCCCUAGGUGGAAAACAGGUGAUCCGGGUGUCCUGUGGUGAUGAGUUCACCAUUGCUGCCACUGAUGAUAAUCACAUUUUUGCCUGGGGCAAUGGUGGUAAUGGCCGCCUGGCAAUGACCCCCACAGAGAGACCACAUGGUUCUGAUAUCUGUACCUCCUGGCCUCGGCCUAUCUUUGGAUCUCUACAUCAUGUCCCAGACCUGUCUUGCCGUGGCUGGCACACCAUUCUCAUUGUUGAGAAAGUAUUGAAUUCUAAGACCAUCCGUUCCAAUAGUAGCGGCUUAUCCAUUGGAACUGUGGUCCAGAGCUCGACUCCAGGAGUCAGCGGUGGUGGCGAAGAGGAGGAGAGUCCGCAAGAGUCUGAAACUCCUGACCCAAGUGGAGGCUUCCGGGGAACCAUGGAAGCGGACCGAGGCAUGGAAGGUUUAAUGAGUCCCACAGAGGCCAUGGGGAACAGUAGCGGGGCCAGCAGCUCCUGCCCUGGCUGGCUUCGCAAGGAGCUGGAAAAUGCGGAGUUCAUCCCCAUGCCUGACAGUCCCUCUCCCCUGAGUGCUGCCUUUUCAGAAUCUGAGAAAGACACCCUUCCCUAUGAUGAGCUGCAAGGCCUCAAGGUGGCCUCGGACGUGCCUUCAGAACACAAGCCCCAAGCUGGAGCCUGGCCCCCUCGGCUGAAUCCUGCAGGGACGCCUGCUGGGAAGGGAACACCCCUGAGCCCUGCCUGUGUGUGUAGCACCCUGCAAGGGGAGGUGGAACGAUUACAGGGUCUGGUGUUAAAGUGUCUGGCUGAACAGCAGGAGCUACAGCAAGAAAACGUCCAGAUUUUUACUCAACUACAGAAGCUGAAUAAGAAGUUAGAAGGAGGGCAGCAGGUGGGGAUGCAUUCCAAAGGAACGCAGACAGCAAAGGAAGAGAUGGAAAUGGAUCCAAAGCCUGACUUAGAUUCAGAUUCCUGGUGCCUCCUGGGAACAGACUCCUGCCGACCCAGCCUCUAGUCUACAGGAUCCCGGGAAACUGGGGUGCCAAGAACUUCCCAGCACACACUUCUGCAUUCAUGCGGAGAGCAGCUUCCCCGGCUUUGUUCACGUGCAGGCGAGAAGCGCAAGGCAAUGGUGCAGAAGCACUGUCCCUGUACAUGUGGAGAGUGGCACUGCCUUGUAGAUAGGAUCUAGGAGUGACUUUGUUGUUUUGGAGGAUGGCAGGGCCCCGUGGCCCCAGCUUCGUCAUCAGUGACUGGCACAGCAGCAGCAGCUCUAUCGCAUCUGUCCACCCCACUGAUGAAGAGGAGACAGAAUGCUCACCUUGAUUAUGCUGGUAGCAGCUUGAAUCCCAUUUAUCAUUUUCACCAUUACUUGGAAGCCGUCCUGAGAAUUCACGACCAGGCAGUGCCCUCGGUGCGGAAGCUGAAAGGGCAAUGCUGCAGUGGGCUGGAGCUGGGCAAGGUGCCCAGGUUUCCAUGGGGCAGGGAGGAGUCCUCCAAACCUGGGGGAGUCCAGCGAGGGCUUGUCUCAGAAAAUUCAGUGCCUGUGUAGCCAAAUGGCUCCAGGAGGAAAAGUGGGCUUAGGUUGCUUUUCCUCGAGGGUAAAGUGGCCAAGGGCAGGGCCCUCCCCACCACACAGCGCCAAGUUUCAGGCUGUGGUGAUGCAGAGCGUGGUCUCCUCGCUUUCCAAAUACCUCGGCGAGAUGACAGUCUUAGACAUGAGGCUGCAGGCUCCUGGCCUUCCUGUGGCUGCUUCUCUCAGCUUCAUGGAGCCGAAGAGGGACUCUUCCACCCAGGGGAGGCUUCUCAUGCCAUCAGCAGCCCCAGCCAUUCCCUCUGUAUGUCUAGUCAGUAUUUUUUUUUUCCCCUUUUGUCUUCUGAAGCCAUAUCAUAACUGGUGAAUCUGUGUCAUCGUGCCUACUAGAGAGGCCCAAAGCCAACAUCCAACCCUGGGAGUCCCUGCAGCCAAACGGGACAGGUCAGCCUUGCCAAGCGGAUGGGAUUUGGUGAGGGCCCAUCCUCCUUGUAUCCUUGAAGACAGGAGCAAGCUAGUUUGCCCAAAGAGAGUGAAUGUCCUAGAAUAAAACUUCAUAAAGCCCAGUUCUAGGUGAGCGUUCGAUGGCGUCACUGAACGGGGUGAGCUCUGUGUUCCCGCCCAGCCCUAGGAACUGUUCCUUCAGUAUUCUGGGUCACAAAGGCUCUCCAUGUGAGUUUCAACAUCCUUUCUUCUCCCACCCCUGAAAACAAUGAAAUUUUGUUUUAUUCUCCCUAAAUCAAACAAACAAAAAAAAAGUUUGGUAAUCUGUUUACUGUUGUAGGAGGACCUGGGCAGUGGAAAUUUUUGCCAUUUGCCCUCCAAGUGGUGUCAAAGCUGGUGCUCGGGGAAAGCCCCAUUGGUUGGGGAUGGGCAACUCUGUUCAUGGGAUCGCCAUGGCUGUGAUGUUCCCAUUGUUUUCUCAGUUCUUGGAAGCCUCGUACAAUUGUACUAAUGUAAUCACUGAAACCUUUUUUUGAAAUCGAGGGAAGGGGCCAACCCUGAAUGAAGGCUCUAAGUCCUGGGGACCUGGGGGUUUGCUGUGAAGCCUAGUGGUGGGUUUUGGUUCAUCCUGUAAAUGCAACUUCAGCUUUCUUAAGGACUGCCUGGCCUUUCCUGUCCCCAGGUCCUCAUGCUCCCCUUCUCAGCAGGCCUGAGGCAUAGUCAGUUUGGGUGUUCCUCCUGUGGGUUGUUUCUGCUCUGGAGCUGAGGGACAUGGGCACAUCACUCAGACUAUGGGGUGACAGUGAGCCUCGAAGGUGUGUCCAAACCAGACCUCCGGUUCCAGAGAGGAGUCUUAGCAGUGGGAUGCAGGGGCCAUUUUCUCUAGCAUGUUUCCUUGAGAAGUCUAGGUUUGCUAUUACUCUAGCUGAAAAUCCGGGUUCUGUGCCUUAGAGACAAUUUGCACUUUCUCAAAUUGUGCCUGGGAUAGCCACAGACCUUUUCCCAGCAGACAGCCAUGCAGAGGGAAAGCGGUGCCAAGGCGGCAGUGGCACACCUCGGGAGGGGAGGGACAGCCUGCUGCAAAAGCGCCUGGAUGGUUCCUGUGGCUGGGCCUCCUGAAACCGCAUCUUGCUUUUUCUUUAUGCAGCGCUAGGUGUUUGAAGUUUGCCAGUGUUGUUUCCGAGUUCUAGUAUAAGCUGAGUUACUCCUCAGCUCUGACACUGUCGCCAAAAAACUAGCUUAUUGUUGGCCAGAUGCUUGGAAGGUUGAGGGUGGAGUGGUUUGGCAUUUCUGUGUUAAAUAAACAUUUAAACUCUCAGUGCUUUGCUCAGUCAGCCUGCCCAUGGCCUUGGUCACUGAGAUAAAAACUCUCAACUCCUCAGCCUGCAUGAAUAUUUGAUUUAGCAAGUCUUCAUAUAAAUAAGUGUUUUUGCAACAGAAACAGCCCAGGGGACCCGGGGCACAGAACUGAUCCUUGCUUCUUUCCAGUUCCUCGUCUUGCCAGCAGAAUCCUUGCCACUGCUCCAGCUUCUCCCCUCCCCCAUAAUUGAUAGAAGAGUGCUGAAAGUGCCAAGUGUGGACAGGCGAGGCUGUCCCAGUGCUCACCUCCCAAACCCAUUGAGGCCUGGGAGCAUUUCCCUCCCUGCAGGGGGGGCAUUGGGUGUGGUCUCCCCAAGCCCCCUCAGCAUUUCACUUGAAGUUUAAGGAAAAGCAGCCUAAAACCCAAGUUGUUUCUAGGUUGCCCUGACACCAAGAAUCAGGAGCAGCAGUGUGUUCUAAAGAAAUUUCGUUCGAGUGAGGUCCCUGGGCCUCCAAGGAAGGAUUAUCCAUGGGAGUGUCAGGGCAGGAUGAGCUAGACUAAAACAUUCCUUCCCGCUGCAAAGCCAGAAGUCAGUCAUUGGUAUAAUGAUUAACUAUGGAAAUAAACAUGCUAACCAUUCACUCCAGAAUCUGAAACAUGAAGAAAGCCGCCUCUGCCACAUCUCUGCCGCCUCCCACGUGCUAGGGAAGAGAGACAGAUUGGUGACUGAAGGCGAGGGCUGGCCCCAAAGUGCUGUGCUAAUAACUACACUGCCCCUAAAGAAAUAUCUCAACACAUUUGCACACACGUCUUAAGUGAAACAAGUUUCCAUGUGAGUUUCACCACGAAAUUUUUCCCAUGGCUUCACCCACUGAACUUUGAAAUUUAUGAUGUUUACUUGCACUAAGGUUUCUUGGAUAAAGAAAUCCAAAUUAUGGGUGUCCAUAAGCACUGUUAUUUGUUCAGUAUCAUCCCCCCAAGCUUUCCAGGAAAGACUUAGAUAAGAUUCUCCCCAAACACGAGAUCAAGCUCCCCUAUAAAAUCUAACAGAUCCUCCUCAUAGGUUCAAGAACCAUAUAGAGAUCAAAGCAAACAUUAAGGCACGACUGUUGUGUUUCCUUAGCAGGAUAAAAAUAACUGCUUCCAAAGGAAGCACUCCCCCAGACAUCCGGAUCUGUUCUCUUCGGAGGUCCUGAUCUAUGGCUGCAUAAUGUCAGCUAGGGAUUCCCUGCCCAAGGGGCCAGAUGAGUGAAGCAGACAGGUGAGGAUGCGCAGCCUGAAGAAGUGACUG